AUGUAUUCUGCUAAAAGAGCAUUGGUAUUGGAAAGAACUGUAGAGUUUUCCACGGGGUUGGAUUUUUUCCUGAAUGCUAUGUACCGCAGGUUAACUUUUGAUAGACAGAUGUAUCGGGUUACAUACAGAGUCUACGCCUCAAACAUGGUAAAACACAGCCAUGGCACGCCUAAUUGCAGCAGGCGAAAUGGCCCCCAAAAUAUCCCACGCGACAAACUCUAAAAAGCGCAGAUUGCCUGGUUGUGUUCUGACCCAGCCUCGCCCGUCUUUUUCCCUUACCAUGAACUUCCGGCAUUGGUUUACACUGCUCUGUCUGGCAGCUUUAGUCCCUGCGCAAGACACCGUGUCAGAGCUUCAUAGCAGUAUCGUUCGCAGGUUUUUUCACAGCUCUGUUAUACUUGGUGAGACACUCUAUAUCGAUGGCGGUGAGGUUACAACGACUGCCUGGGAGUGGGGGAAGCAGAUCAACAAUUGGACGAUCGGAGUCGAUCUCUCGAAGCCAUUCUCCACCUCCCAAACGCAAUCGCGACCUUCCGCUCAACUCAUCGCUAAAAACAACUGCCCUAACCUUGUCCUUCCUACGUUCUGGGUCAAUAAGAAAGAAAACACAGCAUACACAUGGGGCGGCCAAAUGAGCUUCUUUCAACCAAACAUCGAGUCCAGCAAUAUCCCGCCCGUAGAGCUCUGGGCACUCACGCCCGAUACCGGUCUCAAUGGCUCAUGGAGUAAGAUCGAACCGGGUUCCGACACUCUCUUCCCUAAACUCGAUCGUCCAGUCUAUGGCGCAAGCACGUACAGCGACCAAGGCGGAUUCUACCUGAGUGGAAAGUAUAGCAGCUCCAAAACUCCUGGUGACAGCGAUUACGUUCCUCUACCCGGACUGCUCUACUACGAUUAUGAAGAGAAAUCGUGGACCAAUAAAUCGGCUACAUCACUUCCAGGCGGUGGCUUUUGGGAGAAGGGCAAUGCUCAGUACGUGCCUACAUGGGGAACUGAAGGCCUGCUAGUUAUAUUUGGAGGCGUCGAUAUGGCCUCUCACCAAUCCGUCACCUGGAGCAAUAUUACAGUGUUCGAUAUUGGGUUGGGUAGUUGGUAUGCCCAGAGCACUUCAGGUGACACUCCGAGUCGUCGCGACCUCUUCUGCAGUGUUGGCGUUGGAUCUUCAUCAGGUGAUACCUACGAGAUCUUCGUAUAUGGGGGGAGCCCUCUCGAAACUACCGACAAUAUCAAGGACACGGCCGCCUCUAUGUACGUCCUAACACUCCCGGCAUUCACCUGGUUCAAGGUCAAUGCAACUACGGACGCGCGUUACAUCCAUACCUGUCAUGUUGCCGGCCAGCGCCAGAUGCUGAGUAUUGGAGGCCUUGAUCCCUCAUUGGAAGACGCUCCGCUUGAUAAUACCAAGACUACCUCCCGGAUCAAUGAGACAGAUCCAUAUUUGCUUGGCAUCAAGGUCUUCGAUUUGACGGAGUUGGUAUGGACGAAUUCCUUCGACCCAGGUGCCAGUGCCUAUACUGCACCAAAUGUCAUUGCCAGCUAUUAUGGCGGGCAAAUCAAGUAUCCCAACAGAUGGAACGACAUUGGUCUAGAAUGGCUCUUCACCAGGGCCGCAAAUAAUAUCAGCAGUCAGUCGCCUACGGCGACACCAGAGGAUUCUGAAGUUGCCACAGGCGUUAUUGCAGGUAGUGUAGUUGGGGGUGUAGUGGGCCUCCUUAUUGUUGGUGGUUUGAUCUACUGGCGUGUUUUGCGGAGAAGAAAACUGAAGGCACAAUACGCUGCCGUACCGCCUUCAACUAAGGGAGAUACAGUGUCACAUCCAACAGAAAUGUAUGAAGAGCCGGGCAAGCCACUAUACGAACUUGGGUCGGAAAGGUCACUACAUGAACUCGGUUCAAACAAGCCGCUGCCGGAACUAGAAACAGGCAAUGUUAAUAGCACGGCAGAACGAUGAGACCAUAUACCUGCUUGCAGUUCAUAAAUCAGAUGUCACGCCAACGUAAACUAGUGUCUGGUCUGAGAUCACAUUCU